UCUAAUGUUUACUUCCGGACACAUGUCAAAGUUAUUUUCGUUUUGAGCACAGCUGGAUUUGUGUUGUAUUGCUUCAUGGCUGCUGAAGACAUACAAGUUAGAAUUUGUCUUCAAGAAAUAGUGAAGUUAGAUUUAGAGAUCAAAGCUUGUAUUCAGGAUAUACGAACACAAGCAGAUUCCAGGGAAGCAUUAGAAGAUAUUAAUACUGAAAUAAGGGGUAAACUCCGUAAACUACGCAAGAAGAUCGAGGAUCUAGAAAGACUUGCUAAUGAACAGGACAGAGAAGAGGAUAGAAUUACCUUAUUACAUGAUGUUGGCAACCACAAACAACAACUUACUAAUACUGUAUCAACACUUAGGCAGUCGAACCUGUCAGCUCAGCUUGCAAUCGAUCGAUCAGAAAAAGACCAGCUUUUAAAUGGAGGCACAGGACUCCGGAAGAGAGGUGGUAACAGUAAAGAAGGACUGGCUAAAGUGGCUUCAGAUAUAACAGAAAAUUUAAUGACCCUGAAUCGAAAGAUUGCUGACCAAGUGAAACAAAGUGAAAGUACAAAAUCUACACUGUUGAAGUCUUCAACAACUAUCACCAGUACACAAGAAGAAAUGAAAUCUAUGGGAGGUCAUAUAAAGAAUUCACAGAGACUUAUAACAAAAUAUUCUAGAAGACAGUUUACAGACAAACUACUUAUUUUCUUAGCAUUAGUGUUUUUCUUUGUGACAGUUCUAUAUAUUAUGAAGAAGAGAAUAUGGUAGCGUCUAUAGUGUAUUUAUUUAAUAAAUUGUUUUUAAUUUUAAA